CCACUUGUCUAUGACAUUGGGUUGACCUCUAAAAGUCCUUGCAUGCAUAGCAGCUGUCAAACUAAAUAAAACCACGGAAAGUAGUGAUAGAGUUAUUUCUGAAUUACAUGUUUUGAUAUCAUAUUUAUUUAACAAUCAUCAUUAUAAUGGAAUUUGCGGGUUCGAAUGACAAGCCUGCGAUGCAGAUGGGGGCCGCCAACGCGGCGUCCCACCUGCAGAACAUGUGCAGCCUGGACAUCGACUCCAAGUCCUCGUUCGUACGCCUGUCCGGCAUCAUCUGUACUAUUGGGCCGGCCUCCCGCGACGUAGCCAUGCUCGAGCGCAUGAUGGAGACUGGCAUGAACGUAGCCCGCAUGAACUUCUCCCACGGCUCCCAUGAGUACCAUGCGGAGACCAUCAAGAACUGCCGCGAGGCUGAGAAGAAUUACAGUGCUAAACUGGGCAGCCCCUUCUCGCUGGCUAUCGCUCUUGAUACUAAGGGACCUGAGAUCAGGACUGGGCUGUUGGAAGGUGGCGGCUCAGCCGAAGUAGAACUGAAGAAAGGCGACACGAUCAAGUUCACGACUGACCCCGCGUACGCCGAGCGCGGCACCGCGGCCACCAUCUACGUGGACUAUAAGAACAUCACCAGCGUGGUGAAGCCUGGCAACAGGAUCUUCAUCGACGAUGGACUGAUCUCCGUCAUCUGCCAGUCCGCUAGCAGCGACACUUUGACCUGCACUAUUGAGAAUGGAGGUAUGCUGGGUUCCCGUAAGGGUGUGAACCUCCCCGGUCUACCCGUCGACCUGCCCGCCGUCUCCGAGAAGGACAAGUCCGACUUGCUCUUCGGUGUUGAACAGGGCGUGGACAUGAUCUUCGCCUCGUUCAUCCGCAACGGCGCGGCGCUGACCGAGAUCCGCAACAUCCUCGGCGAGAAGGGGAGGAACAUCAAGAUCAUCUCCAAGAUCGAGAACCACCAGGGUAUGGUCAACCUGGAUGAGAUUAUUACCGCUUCGGACGGUAUCAUGGUGGCGCGUGGUGACCUGGGUAUUGAGAUUCCGCCAGAGAAAGUGUUCCUCGCACAGAAGACCAUGAUCGCUCGCUGCAACAGGGUGGGCAAGCCAGUAAUCUGCGCCACCCAGAUGUUGGAGUCCAUGGUGAAGAAGCCCCGUCCCACUCGUGCCGAGAUCUCUGACGUCGCCAACGCCAUCCUCGACGGAGCCGACUGCGUCAUGCUGUCCGGGGAGACCGCCAAGGGAGACUACCCGCUCGAGUGUGUGCUAACCAUGGCUAAUAUUUGUAAGGAGGCCGAAGCUGCUAUCUGGCAUAGACAGCUGUUCAAUGAUUUGGUUGUUGAGGUCCGACCACCAAUCGAGCCGGCCCACUCAACAGCCAUCGCGGCAGUGGAAGCUUCAACCAAGUGCCUAGCCGCCGCCAUCGUGGUGAUCACCACCAGCGGCAAGUCCGCGCACCUGCUCAGCAAGUACCGUCCCCGCUGCCCCAUCAUCGCCGUCACCAGACACGCGCAGACCGCCAGACAGGCGCAUCUGUACCGCGGUGUACUGCCUAUUGUGUAUUCAGAGGCCGCAGCGGGAGACUGGCUGAAGGACGUAGAUAACCGCGUACAAAGCGGGCUGAAGUUCGGCCGCGCUCGCGGGUUCAUCAAGACCGGGGACAGCGUGGUCGUCGUCACCGGCUGGAAGCAGGGCUCCGGCUUCACCAACACCAUGCGUGUCAUCCAAGCGGAAUAAGCGCGCAGCACAAAGCUACAGGCGUAACAAAACAAUAAAAUAUGUUUAAGUAUUAGCUGCAAAGUGACAUUAAAGCGUGCAAUAUGGAGUUUCCCAUCAUAAAGUACCAAACCUCAUUUUUUAUACUGCCAUAGAGAAAAAGCGAUCAAAGAGGUUGAAAUCGAUUCUCAUUCCAGGGCAUUGCCCAGGUUUUUGUGAUAAUAGGAGACUCCAUAUACGUGAAGUGAUAUAUACACAUAUGUAUAAAAGAAUGUAUCUCGAAAUUUAUACAUUAGAGUUAGGCGUACAUAUUUAUUAUAUAAUAAUUUAUAUGUUGCAUGUUUGUGAAAUGAAAAUAAAGAUUUGAACGUA